AUGGGCAGGAGAGGGGGUGGGUUUGAAUUUUCUGCUUCUUCCAACAGUGAUUUUGAGCCCAUGAAAACCAAAGCUAAGAAGUUUGCCCAAGAUGUCCGAAUCACCUGGUUUCAAGAUCUCGGAUGUGACGACAAUGUCCUCAUAUUCUACAGUCUCUACGACGAUGAGUUAUUCAUUUCACUUGGAGAAACGGUGGAAAGAGUCAUCUCUGAUAUUGAACUCGUCCGACUGAACAGAAUCGGUGAUCAAGCCUUAGUUGGGAAGAUAGUUUCCACGCCCUCGCCGCAAGCUGGCGCUAUUCAAUUCAACGAUUCGUUCACCAUCGUGCCGACCACAACCAUCAUCGACAUGGCGCAGCGCAAGACGACCACGGGCGAGGGCAUGAAUACGCUUGUCGACGUCGUCCACGUUGCGAUCGUCAACGGACCCAGUGUUUCGUCCAAGUUAGUGUAUGGGGCAGCGGUACCCGUCCUUUUGGUGCUGAGUAUCUUAAUAAUGUGCCUAUUGGCUAACUGGUGCUGUCGCCCCGCCUACGGCUACCACCAGCCAGCCCAACGAACCAAUACGAAGACAGAAAAGGAGGAAGAGGAGGAGCUAGAGGAGGAGGAGGAGAAAGAGAAAGUGUGAUCAUUUCAAUGUAUCUCUAUUUGAAAAUUCAUAUCCCCCCGCGCGCGCUAGCUAGACCUCUGCUCAAGUGUAGGCCCCUAUAUAUGGAAUCCAGUACAAGUUUCAUUAUCAUUUAACAAAACAUUUGGAUCAUGUUUCGGUGUGGUGAAGCAAAUAUCAACCACAACAACGUGAUUUAUAUGUUGAUUUAAUAACAACACAAUACAUUUUAAAAAUUCACACAAAGCACUGCAUGAAUAAAUAUCGUUUUAUACAAAGCAUUAUUACACUAAGCAUUCCUACAAAGUAUUGAACAAUUAAAUGUAACUACAUAGCUAUUAUCAAUCUAUUUAUUUACAGAAAUUAUAUAUCAGUCAAUGAUCACGGCCUAAUACAUUAUGUCAAGAAAGAAGAAAAAAAAGUUGUUGAAAAAAUUAUCCAAAACUUAAUUUAAUUAUAAUGCAAGCCAACUAAUGUGGAUAAAAAUCAAUUUAAAUGAAACUAUGUAAUUAUAUUAAAAAGAAUAUUAUACCGAUAUGACCAAUAAAGAGACAGUUUUAAAAUCACAAAGCGAUUCUAUAUUAAAAACUACAUGGAGCACAGAUUCGAUAGAUGAAGAAAUCACGCGCUAUGUUCUUUAAACGAAUUGACUUGCAGAUGAAAAAUUAAUGAAACAUGCAUCAAUUUCCGUCAUCACAAUUUGGUGCAUACAUACAUACAGAUUUUUUAACCAACCCAAAAGUUGGUUAAAAUAAGAACUGAUCAACUGUUGGAUAAACAAAUACCAAUUUGUUUUGCAUAUAUUGAAAAUCAUAAAAAUGAAGAAUUAUAUAUC